UUAAUCGGGAAGUCAUCGGGCCCCUGCGUGCUCGACCCCGAGGCAGCCAAGGCGGCCGCCGCCAGCGGCGGCAUCCAGUUCUGGCAGUCCGCGCAGCACCAUCAGCAGCAGCACUCGCCGUCGGCGGCGGGCGGCGGUGGCGGCAACCCUAACCCUAGCCCGGGCCCCUUCUACUUUAAGAAGCCCGUCCAGAUGCUCGACGCCGGCGGCGACGGGUCCUCCGGGUCGGGCACCACCACCUGCCAGGACUGCGGCAACCAGGCCAAGAAGGACUGCACCCACAGCCGGUGCCGCACCUGCUGCAAGAGCCGCGGCUUCGACUGCUCCACGCACGUCAAGAGCACCUGGGUCCCCGCCGCCCGCCGCCGCGAGCGCCAGCACCUCGGCGGCUCCGCCUCGUCCCCCGCCAACGCCUCCACCGCCGCCGGAUCGAAGAAGCCUCGCCUCCUCUCCUCCCAGCAGGCCACCACCUCGCACACCUCCACCUCCAACGCCACCACGCCGCGCAGCUACGACACCACCUCCAGCCAUCAAGACGCGUCGUUCAGGGGGUACCUCCCGCGGCAGGUGCGCGCGCCGGCGGUGUUCAGGUGCGUGCGCGUGACGUCCGUCGACGACGGCGAGGACGAGUACGCGUACCAGGCCACGGUGACCAUCAACGGCCACGUCUUCAAGGGCUUCCUCUACGACCAGGGCGUCGACGACGGCCGCGCCAGCAAUGACAUGGACUCGAGCACCGGCGGCGCCGUGCCCAACAUGUCCGAGCUCCACCUCGGGGGCGGCGGCGGCAAUGCCGCGAGGGGAGGUGGGGGGUCCUCCUCGAUGGCGCCCUCCGACAUGUACGGCGGCGGUGGCGCCGGAGGAGCAGGCGGAGGGGGAGGAGGCCAGCAGCACAUACUUGGCGGCGGGUCCAGCUAUGGUAACACCAUGAACUGAGCCGAGCUGCUAGAAGAGUAAGGUCACAUAGUAGAUCAUUACUACAGUACCAUUCUUUCCUUUCUUCUCUUCAUUGCUAGUAAGUACAAACCUGUCAACCCUCUCAUGGCCGGGGUGGAAUGCAAUGCAUGGUGUUCGCCAUUAAUUUGUUCAUGCUGUAUGACAUCAAGUGUUAAUCGUUCCUAGUCUAGUCCAGCCCAGUCCUCCUAGUAGCACCAGUUGCUUAAUUUUCUAGCAGUACUAAUGUACUCUUAGAGAAGAAUAAUUGUCAAUUAGGAAUGUUAAACAAGAUAAUGAAGAUCAAAUCAACAGUAGUACUUUGCACAAUGAAUUGAUCAGGUUAUUGCCUGCUGGUUUUGUCCAAUUGGUUUCUUCUUGUCUCAUGCCUUGCUUAUGUUCCCAAUGCCUGCCUUUCCAUAUAUGGGGAUGUGGUCAGGGGUGCAAACCAUGUAGGCCGUGGGUGCCAUUUCGAGCAGGCUGGGAUCCAGAGGCGUGCACUGUUCAGGCUUCUCUCCUGCUGAUAGAUAGAUAGAUUAUCAUGAUAGGUUGAGCAGAAAAGUUUGACUCUUGCAACGCUCACUUGCUUGGCUUUCACUCCUUUGCGUGGCCGAUUUGGCAUCCAAUGCUUGCCAUGCCUAUCUUGUUUAUCUCACUCACUCAUCGGAGCACACUUUUCCCUGUUUGUUUUCCCCAUCUUUUUCUACGGGUAGGUAGGAUUGAAAGAACGGGAGGCAUUCUUGGCAUUGGCUUUGUGCUUUGUAGAUGUAGCAUCUUCUAAUUGCAUUGGGACUUGUGUCCUAGAGAGGCCAAUGUGUAAUGCAUGUGAUGAGGGAAUUCUUGUGCUUAUUAUACACCAUCUUA